UUAAAUUAAAUCACCCGUUUUUGCUCUUCCCCACGCGAAGAGGGCGGAGCAGGCGGAGGAUUGCAGUUAGGGUUUAGGGUUUCUGGUUGAGAAUCUCUUCUACUGAAUCUGCUUAGAGGAACCUGUUCUUCGAAGAUGGCAAACAGGACGGAUCCGUUGGCCAAGAGCAUAAGAGGGACGAACCCGCAGAAUCUGGUGGAGAAGAUUGUGCGAUCGAAGAUUUAUCAGCACACCUAUUGGAAGGGGCAAUGCUUCGGUCUCACUGCGGAGACGCUCGUCGACAAGGCCAUGGAGCUUGACCACCUCGGUGGAACCUAUGGCGGAAACCGGAAGCCCACUCCGUUUCUCUGUCUCGUCUUGAAGAUGCUCCAGAUCCAGCCUGAGAAGGAAAUCGUCGUCGAGUUCAUAAAAAACGAUGAUUACAAAUAUGUCCGAAUUCUUGGUGCCUUUUAUCUUCGUCUCACUGGUACUGACAUUGACGUCUAUCGCUAUCUUGAGCCCCUCUACAACGACUAUCGGAAACUGAGACAAAAGUCAAACGACGGGCGGUUUAUGUUGACACAUGUGGAUGAAGUUAUAGAUGAACUCUUAACGAAGGAUUAUUCUUGUGAUAUUGCUUUGCCCCGCAUCAAGAAAAGAUGGACACUCGAACAGAUCGGUUCCUUAGACCUUAGGAAAAGUGUCUUGGAAGAUGAUUUCGAGGAAGAGGAAGAAAAGGAGGAGAAUGAAGAGGUUGUGGAUGGGUCUGAAGAUGAGAAGGGUUAUCACCGCAAGAGUCCUGAAAGGGAAAAAAGAGAGAGGGAGCGAGACAGAGACAGAGACAGGAGACGAGACAGUCACAGACACAGAGAUCGUGACUAUGACAGAGAUUAUGAUCGAGAUCGAGAUUAUGAUAGAGACUACGAUAGAGAACUUGGGCGUGGUAGGGGCCGUGAAAGGGACAGGGACAGAGAUAGAGAUCGGGAUACGGAUCGUUAUAGAGACAGGGAAAGGGAUAGGGAUAGGGACCGAGAAAGAGACAGAGGUCGGGAGAGGGACAGGAGAGACAGGGGUAGAGGAAGAAGCCGGGAUCGGAAAAGACACGGAGACGAGGAUGACUCCUGGGACCGGGAAGAACCGAAGAAGAAAAAGAAGGAAAAGAAGGAGAAGAAGGAUGACGGAACCGAUCACCCAGACCCUGAAAUUGCGGAAGCCAAUAGACUCAGAGCGUCUCUCGGAUUGAAACCAUUGAAGCUUUGAGCUAACACCAGAGAGGGAAGACCCUGAACCGGAUUUGUGUUCCGGUUAUCGAGAUCAUACCGAACUGAACGUCUUCUUGUACCGGUAAAGUGUGGGUUUAGUCGGGUUGUAUAUCGGAUCAUUUGUUAGUCCUUUGUAUACCAGACCAUUACGAUGUUUCUGGCA